AUGCUACCAUCUCUGCCUGAGACUGGGCUGUCUCCCCCGUUGCAUUCACCAUGGGGACCGAAGCACCGACAAUUCGGAGAAGAUUGGUUCAAAAGGGUUCAAGCCCUUUGCCGAAUAAUUGUGCUUUUGAAUGGUUGUUUCGCCGUUGGGCAUGGUUAUAGCAGUUAUUCCGUACAAUCAAUAUAUCACAGAAAGACGACUCACUCACUCACUCACUCACUCACUCACUCACUCACUCACUUACUUACUUACUCACUCACUCACUUACGUCACGACCAGCUCCCAAGUUUCGGCCACUCAAGCUUUCUAUUGACGUUGCAUCACUAUAGAAGCUCAACUACUUUUCUCCCGGAGCUCACAGUGUGUCGACGUGGCUCUAGCCGUUUCAUCGAGAAGACAGCCAUCGCCCAGAGGUCCAACGCCGUCUCUAUGUCGCUAGACACACCACCAACAGAAUCCUCGAUGCCCUCAGAUACAAACCGCCCGCCCUUUUGGACUCCGAAUGAUCGUCCAGGCCGGAAUGGCAUCCGGGACCGCUAUAUGAGAAAACGGCGUUUGGCCAAUAGCAUUUGUCUAAACGCUGCAGAGCUCCGAGACGUCCUCCUUUUCAUCUAUGAAAACGGAGACAGCGAACUCAAUAUCAAGUGGACUGAAGAGUUCGUUUUCAGGUUCGUUCCGAGGACGUUUGAAGGAGCUAUUGUCCCAAAAGGUGUCGCGGGCAGUAUACUCGAGGGUUCAGUGACAAACUCCUGUGCUGAAAUCUUUCCCUCAGCGCACUCAGGAUCCCUCAGCUCUACCGGACCUCCCAAGUAUCAAGUCUUUGAGGUAUACUGGGAUGGAGACGAGCCGGUUGUUCCUCCAGAGCUACAAGGGUUACCAAACCUAAUCAUAGUCCCUGAACAAUUUUCUCUGAGGUCGGACGACACUUUCGCAUAUGGAACGAUUGGCUAUAUAGGAGUGCUCGAAAAUCUUGGCCCGCGGAGGCUUGUCAUAGCUACUGCGGGCCAUGUUGUUGACGAUGCGCUCAUUAUAAAGGCCGGAGACAGUGACAGUACAAGGGCUUACAUGCCGCGGAUAGUUCCGCAGUUCGCGCGGGCAGCUGGGGUCCUACGAUUUAGACGGGGAGAAUCCCACAAUCCUCAACUGCCAACCAUGGACGAGAUCUGUCUAGAUGAAGACUCUUCAAAGUUGGUGAAAAGCAGCUCUAUCCAGGUGUAUAAAUACGGAGCAUCCACGUCGCACACUACUGGAACACUCUUUAAAAUUGGCCAAGAGCAUCGUGAGAAGAAUCUUUACAAGUUAAGAAUAAGGUGGUUAUCGCCAGAGGAGCCAUUUGCGACAGAUGGAGAUUCGGGGAGUUUGGUUUUUGCGCAGGUGGGAAGACUAACUAUUCCUCUAGGGAUUCAUUGUGGUUCGGAGGAUAAUGUUAGCUACUCACUAUCCCUUUAUUCUAGAGGUUUCAUCGUUGCUGGACGCAGAUUCGUUUUCUGUGCCCCGGAUGACAUAUCUUAA